AUUGGGUUGUAUUCUUUUACCGAUGAAGGUGGGCCUUUACUAAUAUAACGAGUAGAUGAUUGUCUGCAGUGAAUUUACUCGUCGGUGAACGCAAAAAUUGGUUAUGUCUUAAAACACGUGCAAUAUAACCCUUUAAUUAGAAAAUGGUGUCGAGAUUAUAUACUGUUUCAUAUAUAUGUGCAAUUUUGAUGUGGGUUUGUGUCAGUGCUUCUAGUGGAAAUUCGGAAUUUAACUUCGAACAGGAUCUGGAUACAUCAUGUUCUCUAAAGCAGUUUCAGUGUGCUGAUAAAAAAUGUAUUCCCAUAUUUUUCUUGUGUGACGAUGAGAGAGAUUGUGAUGAUGGAUCUGAUGAAGAUCCCAAAGAAUGCAUGAGUAAUGUAACGUGCUCAAAAGAUCAAUUCCAAUGCAACAGUGGCAAAUGUAUACCAAGUUAUUGGCAAUGUGAUAAUGAAAAAGACUGCAAUGAUGGUAGUGAUGAAAAUGAACAAAUAUGCCAAAAAAAAGUUUGCAACUUAGACGAAUUUACCUGUAGAUCUGUUCCUGGAGAAUGCGUUCCUCUUACAUGGAUGUGCGAUGAUAAUGCUGAUUGCUCUGAUGGAAGUGAUGAAAAAUCAUGUAAUGAAACUUGCCGAUCUGAUGAGUUUACUUGCAAAAAUGGCAAAUGUAUUCAGAAACGAUGGGUUUGUGAUCUAGAUGAUGAUUGUGGUGACCAUUCUGAUGAAGUGAAUUGUCCUAACAUAACGUGUGCAUCAGAGUUCCAGUGCUCUUAUAAAUUUUGUAUAGCUGCUAAGUGGAGGUGUGAUGGAGAGUAUGACUGUCCAGAUGGAAAAGAUGAACAAGGAUGUCCAAAGCUUGAUAAAGUAUCGUUUUGCCUUGAAGAAGAAUUUGAAUGCGCAGAUAAAUUUACUUGUAUUAAUAAACGAUGGUUGUGUGAUGGUACAAAAGAUUGUCCAGAUGGUUCUGAUGAAGCCCCAGACAACUGUCUGAAUAUUACUUGCAGGGUUGACCAAUUUCAAUGUAAAGAUAGAUCAUGUAUUGUUGGACAUCUUCAUUGCGAUGGUAAGAAGAACUGCCCAGAUGGUAGUGAUGAAGAAAAUUGUGAAUUACCAGCACCAAAAUGUGAUCCAAAAACUCAUUUUGAUUGCGGAGGUGGUCAAUGUAUUCGUUUUGCUCAAGUUUGUGACGGUCGUCAAGAUUGCCCCAAUUGGGAAGAUGAGCCAAAAGAUCUAUGUGGUGUCAAUGAAUGUAAUAAGGAUAAUGGAGGCUGUACACAAAAAUGCGUGGAUACCCCUGCUUCAUUUUACUGUGAUUGUGAAACUGGUUAUAAACUUAUAGAUAACAGAACAUGUAAAGAUAUAAAUGAAUGUGAAAUUCCUGGUACCUGCUCUCAGUUGUGUAUAAAUGACAAAGGAGGUUAUAAGUGUGAAUGUGAAACUGGUUAUAUGAGAGAUCCUAGAGAUUUAACAAAAUGCAAAGCUAUAGAAGGUCAUGCAUCACUUCUAUUCGCACGUAGAAGAGAUAUUCGUAAAAUAUCCUUAGAUCAUCAUGAGAUGACUAGUAUUGUCAAUGAAACAAAUUCAGCAACAGCUUUAGAUUUUGUAUUUCGAACUGGAAUGAUUUUCUGGAGCGAUAUCACCGACAAAAAGAUUUACAAAGCUCCAAUAGAUGAAGGUAAUGAAAAAACAACGGUAAUUACGAAUGAUAUUACAACAUCGGAUGGAUUGGCUGUAGAUUGGAUAUAUAAUCACAUAUAUUGGACAGAUUCUGGAAAAAAUACUAUUGAAUUAGCAAACUUUGAUGGUAAAAUGAGAAAAAUAUUAAUAAAAGAUGGAUUAGAAGAACCCAGGGCUAUAGCAUUAAAUCCUAUGGAAGGUUGGAUUUUCUGGACAGACUGGGGUACCAUUCCGAAAAUAGAACGUGCUGGAAUGGACGGUUCCCAUAGACAAACUAUUGUAAGUUAUGAUGUGAAGUGGCCUAAUGGGUUAACUCUUGAUUUAGUAAAAAGAAAAGUCUAUUGGGUUGAUGCUAAGCUUAAUACAAUUUCCUCUUGUGAUUAUAAUGGAAGGAAUCGAAGACUAACAUUAUUCUCCACUGAAGCUUUAAGGCAUCCGUUUUCUAUAACAACCUUCGAAGACUGGGUGUAUUGGACGGAUUGGGAUAAGGCAGCUGUUUUCAAAGCCAAUAAAUUUACUGGAAAAGAUGUUCAACCAGUUACAUCAACAGAAAUGAUUCAGAAUCCUAUGGUCAUUCAUGUUUAUCAUCCGUAUAGACAACCAGAUGGAGAGAAUCAUUGCCAAGCAGUAAAUGGCCACUGUUCUCAUUUGUGUUUACCUGCUCCUCAAAUCAACAAAAUGUCUCCAAAAAUUUCUUGUGCAUGUCCUGAAACACUUCGAAUGUUGAAAGAUGGUCUCACCUGUGUUCAGGAUGAAACAGUUACAACAUCUACCUCGAAUUCCGUGAUAUAUCCUGAAAUAACCACAAUGUCUUUUGACUCGAAUCUUGAAAACCUUACAACUAGCUCGUACUCAGUGACCUCGGAAUUAACAUCCGUAGAAUCGGUUUCGAUUAGUACAAUAAACAAAUCACACCCUAAUACAACACAGUCUGAGAAUGCUGAUGGUGUUUUAGCGGGUAUUACAAUUAUGAUAUGUUUUAUAACUUUUUCUUUCGUUGGUGGGGUGAUUUACUUCAUAUACAGACAUUUAAAAAAUCGCAACAUGACAUCAAUGAACUUUGAUAAUCCAGUGUACCGAAAAACCACAGAGGAUCAAUUUUCUUUAGAGAAAAAUCAGUUCCAGCGUCAGACGCGACCAUAUUUAAGUACUGUGGGUGAAGAGGCGCAAGAACCCUUAACAAAAAUAUAUCGAACUGAUCCGGCUUAAGAAUUGUUGGGAAAUAUUCUUAGUCCAAUUUUUUCCUUGUAUCUAAAAAUCUUACAAGGUAUUUUCAAAUCUCUAGUUUUAUAAGACUGACUCAAUGACAUAGUUCUUAGAGAAUACUCAUUGAUGUAUGCUCACAAGGUUGCCUCUUAAAAUUAACUCGUUAAAAUCUCUGUUCUAUUAUUUUCUUCGAAGUUUAUUUUGAAAAUUAGGAAAAAAAGCAAUCUUGUAAAGAAUUAGAGUUUUGAAAAGUAUUAUUAUUAUAAUUUGUAUUAAAUUCAUAUUGCCAUUAAUAGUCCAAAUCAAACUUUUCACUUAUAAAAACAUAUGCAAUAUAUAAUUAUAAUAAUUAUACUUCAACCUAGUGUCUCUUACCAAAGUAUAGAAUAAACAAAGGGCGUUGCGUACAAGAUGUAUACUUGAAUUAUAAUAUUUGGAACAUUAUUAUUUUAUUGAAGUAAAUCUUGAUAACAUUCUAAUAAUAUCAUUUAUUUCAUUUUAGAUUCAAAAUUAACCCGACUUAAUGUACCUUUAUUUAAUUUGUACGCUUAAUUUUUUGCUAGUCUAAUUGUUUUUUUAUUUUUUAAUUUGCCAAUUGAGGGUAUGAAGCAAUAAUAGUGAUCAUGAAGCGUUCAAAUUAUUAGGGUAUACAAAUUAUUGUAUUAACAAUGCAGUUUUUAUUGCGAAGAAAGGCCUACAAUAAAGUUUUUUCUGUCAGCUUAUUUAUAUACUGAAAUAGAUAACAAUUUAAGUGUGUAAUUAUUAAAACAUUGAAAAACUUGAAGAUAAAAGAAAAUGGGUAUCGCCUUAAAUAAUAAGUUGAAUUAGGUCAAUUCUUUGUGACAGCGAUAAAAUUUAACACUUUAAUAAUAGAUGAGAAAUUAAUUAUACCAAUCGUUAAGUCUUAUAAACUUUUAUUUAAAAAUGAAAGAUCAUAGAAUAUAUUACAUAGUAGAUAGAUGACAGAAGUUUCUUGUUGAAAUAUUUUAUUCGACUAGUGAAAGAUGAACAACUGUCCUAUAUGUCAUUACCAAAAAUAAACUUUAUUGAGGACUCUCAGUUUAUACUUAAUUCGAUUUAAAUUAUUGUUGAAAAGAAAAAUGAUUUAAUAUUAUUUUUAUAGAGGUAGCUCUGCUCUUUUCGGCAUAAUUUUGUUUGUAUCAAAAUGAGAAAUUCAAAAGAGAAACAAAAAAUAAUAUCUUUUACAAAUCAGUGAUAAUACUUUUCACAUAGUAUUUGGUGAUACACAUAAUAUUUUACCGUUUUCACUUUUUCACUAAUGAUCUCAACCAUUAUUCUGUGAAAUAUAGAUGAAAGCUGUGGCCAUUGUUGAUUCUUGUUAUGAAAGUCUUCUUAAAUAUUCAUCAUCUGAUGGUAGCCAUAUUUGACACUCUUGUCUUGUUCAUCAUUAAGCAUCCCUAAUCACCCUUCGCCAAACCACACCUUCACACGUCACCUUCAUGUUUUAAUUGCAAAGAAUCUACAUUACUUUGAAAUGAUAUCUGUGGUAUUUGAAAAUAUAUCGAAAAGAAUAGUGAUCUCAAGUGUGAUACAAAAACUAAGAAACAAGUGUUACUUCUUUAAUUGUACUUUUCUGGCAUCCCAUAUUGGAACGUAUUUUUUUAGCUUUCCUUAUUUCCCAUUUGUUAAGUUAAGAAAUUGGGAUUUAGUCAAUUUUUGUAUGGUUGUACUAGGCAAAUAUUUGAAACUAAUAUAAAGACACAUUAAGCUGGGUUUACACUAUAUAGCUAAAGAGUUAUGUAACUAUAUAUAGCAGAGCUAUAUAUAGCUCCGCUAGAUAUAGCUUUGCUAUAAGUAAAUUUGAUUCCAUUUCGUGUAGAAGAGCUACUUAUAGCUUGUGAGAAACUGGAGUGUUCAGUUCCGAGCCAUAUACCGAAGAAGAAGGUAGUUCUUGCAGCAGCCGAUUCUUUCGCCGCAGCUACUGUGAGAUUUUCAACAGAGAAAAUAUGCUUAAAUUUGCUAUAUAGCCCUGGCUAUAAAUCAGACUUCUGGUGUCACUUUUUGAACUUUUGCGGAGCUACAUAGCUGUGCCACAUGUCGCUCUGCUGCUACAUAGUGUACUUCUUGCUUUAGAGUCAUUUCUGUAAAUACAUCUGUUAUUUUGUUCGAAAUUGAUAUCUAAUAUUCAUCAAACUAAAACUUGAUGUUACAAUGAUAAACUAAUAUGAAAAAUAAAAAAAAAUAUUUAAUAACUCUGUGAAUUAUUUACUGUGAACUCAUUUAUAUUUGGGCGGAUUCCACAAAAUAAAGGUUGACAUAAGUAGCUCUUUUGGAUUUCCAUUUUUAUAAAAUAUUCUAGAACAAUUUAAUCAAACCCACAUUUUGAUAAGUAAUAUUUAUUUAAACAAUAGUUCUUGCAUAACUUAGUAAAUGCCAUUUAAUGUGAUUUUAGUGUAACUUUUUAGUUUGUUCAGAUGUACAUAUUUUUCAUGUAUAAAUUUUGAAGAAAUUGUUUUUACAGAUUUCGAAAAUGUUAUUUAUAAAUAUAUUGUAGACAAUUUUCCUGUACAUUAUUAUUUUAGAAUAAAAUCACUACGCAUCCCAUUAUUUUUGUAAAAUUAGUGAAAAUAAAAUCAAAACUCAUAAAUUUGUAUAUUUUGUUUGUUAUAACCUGUCAAACUUGCAAAAUACCUCGUAUGUUUUUUAAUAUAUUUUGUAUAUAAAAUUUUAUUUAUUUAUUUUAUGUAAUUUGUUAUAUGCAUUAGAAGCAUUCGGCACUAAUCUCAUUUAAAUUGUAUAGUCUAUUUAUUUAAUAAAAAGUUUGGCAGAUAUUAGAACAAACGCCAUAUUUAAUCGAACUUAAUAAUAUUUAUAGCUCUAAUACUCUGUGAUUCCUUUUUAGUAUAAUUAUAUAAAUAGGUAAUGUUUUUA